AUGACUGAUAAUGUUUGCGAAAGCGUGAAAGGUGACUUGUGCACUUCCGCGAAGGAAGGUGAAAAUCUAGUUAGAGAAUUAACUGGAACAAUGGGGCGAAAAGUAAUAGUAGCGGUAACUACGCUAAACCAGUGGGCGUUAGACUUCGAAGGAAAUUUAAACAGGAUUUUACAGUCAAUACAGGAAGCUAAGGAGAUGGGAGCUCUCUAUCGAACUGGACCUGAAUUGGAAAUAUGUGGUUACAGUUGCGAGGACCAUUUCUAUGAACCAGACACUUGCCUUCACAGUUGGCAAGUUCUCGUCGAGCUCCUUAAAUCACCCACAUGCAAAGAUAUGCUGAUCGAUGUCGGCAUGCCCGUUCAACAUAGAAAUGUACUCUAUAAUUGUCGGGUAUCCUUUCUUAAUAAAAAGAUAUUGCUGAUUAGACCAAAGAUGAUGUUAUGUGAAGAUGGAAAUUAUAGGGAGGCUAGGUGGUUUUCUCCAUGGACCAAAGAGCGACAGACUGAAGAAUAUUAUUUACCACGAAUGAUAACAGCAAUAACAAACCAGACCACAGUUCCUAUUGGUGAUGCGGUCAUAGCAACGAAAGAUACGUGUAUAGGUUACGAAAUUUGCGAAGAAUUAUGGAAUCCACAGAGUCGUCACAUUCCUCUAAGUUUAGACGGAGUGGAGAUAAUAGCAAAUGGUUCCGGUAGUUAUAUGGAACUACGAAAAGCUUACGUCACAGUUGACCUGGUUAAGAGUGCAACGUUCAAGAGUGGUGGCGCAUAUCUGUUUAGUAAUUUGCGAGGUUGCGACGGCCAGAGAAUUUACUUCAACGGUUGUUCUUGUGUUGCUGUGAAUGGAGAAAUUGUUAGUAGAGGGCUGCAGUUUGCGUUACACGAUGUGGAAGUAGUGACAGCGACCAUUGAUCUCGAAGAUAUUCGUUCGUACCGGACGCAACGACGCUCCCGAACGCACUUAGCGGCUUCAAAUAAGCCUUUCCCCAGAAUUACAGUCGACUUUGCGUUGUCAGACGAUGAUGACGUAUACCUUUUAACCAGCCCGCCAAUGAAGUGGGAAUACUUGACGCCAGAAGAGGAAAUAGAACUAGGUCCUGCCUGUUGGUUAUGGGACUACCUCCGGCGUUCGGGACAAGGAGGAUUCUUCCUUCCUCUUAGUGGGGGCGUAGAUUCAACUAGCACUGCAUGUAUUGUGUUCUCAAUGUGCACACAGAUCUGUGAUGCUAUACAGAAAGGAGAAAGUCAAGUGUUGUAUGAUGUGCGCAAGAUUCUCUGUCAGUCAGACUAUACCCCUUCCGAUCCAAUGGAACUUUGCAACAGACUGCUAGUGACCUGUUACAUGGCAACAGAAAAUUCAAGUACGGAGACUAAGCAGAGAGCUUCACAGUUAGCAAGUGAAAUAGGCAGUUAUCACUUUCCGAUAGUGAUCGAUUCAGCCGUGAGUGCAGUCUUAGGAAUAUUCACAGCGGCUACAGGAUUGGUGCCGAAGUUUCGCAGCAAAGGAGGUUGCCCUCGACAAAACUUGGCUCUACAGAAUAUUCAGGCCCGUCUCCGAAUGGUCCUUUCCUAUUUGUUUGCCCAAUUGAUGCUGUGGGUGCGGGGACGGCCCGGUGGCCUCCUAGUUCUCGGCUCUUCAAAUGUCGAUGAAGCGUUGCGCGGGUACAUGACCAAGUAUGACUGCUCCAGUGCCGAUAUCAAUCCCAUUGGUGGUAUUUCUAAGAAUGAUCUCAAAAUGUUCCUACAGUACGCUAAAAACCGUUUCUUCUUACCGUCUCUUUCCGAGAUUCUUCAAGCACCUCCUACAGCAGAACUGGAACCGUUGACAGACGGUCAGAUCACGCAGACAGACGAGCAGGACAUGGGCAUGACAUACGCCGAGCUGUCUGAGUUUGGUCGCUUGCGGAAGACCCAUCAUUGCGGACCAUACACCAUGCUGCACAAGCUUUCACAUGCUUGGAGCGAUAAGUGCACACCACAAGAGGUGGCAGAGAAAGUGAAACAUUUCUUCCGUUGCUACGCGAUCAACCGCCAUAAAAUGACAGUACUGACGCCAUCGUACCACGCGGAGACCUACAGCCCCGACGACAAUCGCUACGACCACAGACCAUUCUUGUACAGGGUACACUGGCCUUGGCAGUUUAAAGCUAUUGACGAUGCCGUAGCGAAAAUGACAAAAGACAAGCGUGACUCGACGUCAGAUCGUCCAGCGGAGCCGAACAAAUUGACCACAUCCGCUUCAACUUCUAACAUCAACUCACACUUUAUGCGACUCAAUCGGAAAGGUGUACUUAUAUAA